ACGACUAGUUAUUUGUUCGGAUCUUUCCGGGAAUGCCACUAGCCCUCAUUGUACCCUGCGGUCGGUGAUCGGUGGCUUGGGAAACAUUGUUCUGUUCGAUUCUCGAUCAAUCGACAAUGUGUCUUUCUGUAGACACCCACUCAACACCCAGAGACAGUCAGUGUGCCGGGAAAGGUCACCAUCUGUCGCCCUUUGCCGCCCUCCAUGCGUCGCGUCUUCAUUUCAUUUUGCGAUGGUGGGAAGGGCGCCAGCUAGGGGGCGACACGGCGGGGUGAACCAUGGUGGUGGUUACGACCCUAUUUAUCGUAUCGGGCUGCCUUGCGUUUCGGGCCAGGCGAAGUCUGAUGGAUCACUUUUUUUUUCUAGGCGGGCCCGAUGAUGUCACUGGCGAGGGGCCGGUUCUUCAUGCUGCCUUGAUUGCCCACCCAAAAGCUCUGCCCCGUGCGGGUCUCGUUCCCUUCGCUAGUCCCCCAUUCGGGCAUCUCGGUGGCUGUCAUGACGGCAUGUCCGCGACCUCCAUUCAGGGUUCCAUGCUCUUUGAAAUAUAUAGGGUCACGCCCGGCGGCAGUACCUUGAUGCAGCCUCCAGAUGCUUCCCCGCACAACCAGAUCCUGUGGGGAAUGAGCCAAUUGUACAACAGCAAUGCAGCGAUCUCCACGACUUCUCACCACAACUAACUUCCUGUUCAACACUGUUUGCUAGAAAUCAACAUCCAGCCCCUGGAAGGUGAACGCUGUCGGUGUUUUGACCCGUGAUCCAAUCUAA